GGACCAGCGAGACGCGCUGUACGGCUACCGCGGACAGCGCGUGGGUGAGGCGAGCCACCCAGGGCCACCGCACAACGACGCUGCCCCAGCCACGCCGCCGCGCGGACGCUCGCAAGCGGACCUGCCCGAGCCAGCGGGCGAGGUUUCGGGCGAAUCUGCGCCCCGGCCGGCGGAAGCCGAGACUCCCCCUCGAGAGCUCUUCGGUUCGCCGGGCCGGUCUCUGUCGCCGCUGCCUGCCGGACAGAGCCACUUCAGCGCCGUGUUCGGACAGGCGCCUGCGGCCGAAUGGGGCUUGUCUGGGCUGUUCGCGCCGCCGCGGGAGACAGCCGAACGCGCGGCGGCGGAGGAGCAGCAACAGCCGCAGCAACCACAGCAGGGGCCGGACCCCCAGGAGCCGGAGCAGCCAGAGGCCAGCGAGGUUUGCUACAUGUGCCAGGAGCCGCUCGACGACUCGAGGGUGCAAUGGCCCGACUGCGGCCACGUCCCCCACUGCUUCCACGCAGCCUGCCUGGCCCGGUUUCGCCCUCUCCGCCGCGGACUCGCACACCUGCGGAACUCGGGCGGCGAUUCCAGCCGGGUAGAGGACGCAGCGUGCCCGCUCUGCAACCACAGGUGGGGCGACGGCCCGAACUCUGCCGCGCGGCUCGCGGAGCUGGCGGGCCACCUUGGGCGCGGCGGGGGGCUACCUUUCCGAGGGUGCCGCUGCCUGCCUUGCCGGGGAGUUGCAGGCGACCCGAGUUCCGACGAGGAGCGGGCCAACCGGUACCGAGGGGGGCCCCUCGUGCUGCCGGAGGGGCCGGCACCGCACGCGAUCGCCAUGUGCCCGCGCCACCCGGAGCGACCCUUGCGAUGGCGGCACUCGCGCGGGCCAGAUGGGCUGACGGGCAGCUGGGAAUGCGCCGCCUGCGAUGUCGCCCCGCUCGGUAGCGAGGUCCCGCCGCCGCUGGGCGAGAGGCCGCCGCAGUGCCCUUGCGGCCAGCCAGGGCAGGUCGAGUGGGUCGCCCGGGCCAGCGGGGACGCCAGAGGGCCUUGGAGGUGGCAGGGAAACUGGCUCUGCGAAAGCUGCGCCGCCACAGCGCUGCCAGAGCCAGAGGCCGCACAGCCCGAACGGCCGCCAGAGACAGGAGCAGGAGGCGGGAGCCCGGACCCACCGGCGGCGGACGGCCCACGAACCCAGUUCAGCGGCUGGUCGCCUCCACGACACGCGGCAGAGACCAGCCGCUACCUCAACUCCUGGAUGUACGUGCCGCUCCUCCUGGACGCCGCGGGCCAGCUUGACGUGCAGGAAGCCGCCGCGUGGCGACAGCACCCUGCUGCACACUGGUGGGAGAACGCCGCGGCGUUCCUCCGAGAGAGGCCGCGCGCCGACGUGUCCGCCUUCCGCGCGGCGGGCCCCCUGCUGCCGGAGGCUCUCGGAGACGGGCUGCACGGGGACCAACUGGGGCUGCCAGCGGUGGUAGGGCUCCUUGCCGACGACAGAGGAUACGUGCAGCCGAUCGCCCAGGACAUCGUGAUGCAGAUCUUCGGGGGGGUGGACUUCAUCCGCGCUGUGGAGGUGCAGGCUGACGCCUACAGGGCAUGGCUUGCGCGCGGUGGCGGAGGCGGGCGACGAAACCGGCGCCCGGCACAGUCUGCCUUCCCCGACGCCGCCUGGGCGCUUCUUGACGCAGUGGACUUGGAGGCCGAACUGCGCCGGCGGGUGCCGUGCAUCCGGGCGCCGCCGGCUUUCCUCCGCGGCCGCCUUCGCCAACUCUACCACACGGUCCUCGAGGAGGUCCUGCGCGCAGACGCCCUUCCUGGCGACGCCGACGGGCUGCAGAAGGUGAGGGCUUGGAAGCUCCUGGUCCUCAUCUGGCGCAUGCUGAUGCGACGGACCGCGAGCACUGGAGCGCCAGGGCGGCGAGAGCUCGAAGCGCGACCGGAGCAGUUCGAGGACGGCGAAGACGCGGUGGCGCUGGUCAGAGCAGGGGGCCUCAGCAAGGCGCGGCAGCUGCUCGCCUCACGCGGGCUGGCGCCGGGCACGGCGGAGACUUUGGCAGAACUGCGGGACCCCGCCCGGCGACCGCCGAGGCCCGCCGCCGACUUGCCGCCUGCCGCCCGAGCCUUCCAGCCGGCUCGGCCCGUCGAGCUUGACCGCCGCAUCUGGACCGACUGCGUCCGCUCCGCCCCGAAAGGGUCUUCCAGCUCGCUGAGCGGAGCCAGCUUUGAAUUGCUCAAGCUGGCCUUGGACGAAGACGAGACGCUCGAGCUGCAAGCUGCCGUGGCGGAGCGCUACGCGCGGGCCGAGAUCCCAGCGAGCGUUGCCCGCGCCCUGGGCACAGGCCGCAUGACGGCGCUGCUGAAGGCCCACGACCGCGGGCUGCAGGAGGCGCUGCACGACCUCCUCGACCUCGACCCCGCGCCAGCUGAAGCAGAGAGGCUCUCCCGAGUGAGCUCGCUGCCGCUCGGCCUCGGAGGCCUUGGACUCAGAUCAGCCGCUCGCGCGGCCGAGUGCGCGUACUGGGCGUCUUGGGCGGACGCGCUCCCCAUGUUGCGACAAAGAAACCCUACAGCAGCAACGGAGCUCACCGCCACCCUCCUCGCCGGAACAGGCGCCGCAGCCUCGUGCCUCCAGGAAGCUGAGCGCGCGAGGGCUGCCGCCGCCCGCGACGGCUUUGCGACGCGCCCAACUUGGCAGGAGGUCUGGGACGGCGCGCGCCCUGAACAGACAGAGCCAGAGCCGGGCGAGUGGAAGCACGGAUGGCAGUACCACGCCUCCGCAGCCCGAGAGCGGCGCUACAGGGAGGAGGUCGUUCUCCCGAGCCUCACAGACGACCAGCAGUGCAUGCUCGACUCGCAGGGAGGCCGCUGCGGCGGACGGCACCUAGCCCUGAUCCCCUCGACGCCAGAAAGCACGUUCACGCCUGAGCGCUUCCGGGCACUGCUCCAGAGACGGCUCCGCUUGCCGCUGGACGCCACGGCAAGCAGGCCCACUUGGACGAGAGGCGACCACAGAGCAGCUUGCCCCCGCAGCGGACGCCUGCUGAAGCGCGGCGCUCCCAUCGAGCGGAUGUGGGCCCGGGUGUGCCGGGAGGCAGGAGGCCGUGUCCGCACCAACGUGUUCCUGCGCGACAUGAACCUCCCGGGCAUUGCCGCCAACGACGGGCGCCGCAUCGAGGUGGUGGCCAACGGCCUCCCUGCCUACCACGGCAGGCAGCUCGCCAUCGACGCCUGCAUCGUAUCCCCGCUGAGGGCCACCGGCAGGCCGAUUGCGCGGAGGCUCCGCCCAGGACUCGCGCUGAAACGGGCGAGGCGCCGCAAGCAAACGACUUACCCUGAGCUGGUGGGCUCGCGGCGGGGCUACCUGCUCGUAGCCGGAGCAGAGACGGGCGGCCGCUGGGACGAGGAGGCGUACAAGCUCCUCGUUACCCUGGCCCGCGCCCGGGCGAGGAGCGCGCCGGCGGCGCUGCGAGGAUCGCUUGCGACCGCGCUGCUGCACAGGUGGAGCGGCAUGUUGGCGUACGCCAUCCACGACGCCCUGGCCGCGAGCCUGCUCGAGGACGUGCCCUCUGAAACGCUAGCGACAGACGGGGAGAAUCCCUGGCGAGGGGACGUUCUGUCGGCGCUCCCCUGA